AUGGUGGCUUUACAAGCGGUCAUGUAUCGAGUUUUUCUGCUGCUUUUUGUUGUGGCAUUUCUCUUUAUCGUACCAGCACGCCCGAAUAUUGAAGUAUUGAGUAGCGAAACACAAGAUGAUGUGGUGGAAUUACACAAUGAUAUCUUUGAUGCUCAUGUCUUUCCGAGUGGAGGACAAAUCCAGCCGCAGUCGUGGUUUAUUUUCUUUUACGCUCCAUGGUGUGCUCAUUGCAAGUCUCUAUUGCCACAAUUUGCCAACGCCAGUCGUCUACUGAACCAGAUCGAUAUGUCACAUGCAAGGUUUGCCGUGGUGAAUGCCGUAAAGCAGAAGGAACUUGCAUCACGCUUUGAAGUCCACGAAUAUCCAACGUUUGUUUAUACGACAGGUAAGGAGGGACGCUGGCAUAAGUUUCAUGGUGGUUACAGCUUGGAUAGCUUUGUUCAGUUUAGCAUUUACCUUCAGCGUUCUGUGGAGGCAGGCUCCUUUGCCGACGUCGUGUCUGACCCGCUGCGAUUUAAAGAGGUGGAGUUACAGCUGGCAGAUGGACGUGUACCAAUGUUUGUUUAUGUGCCGGCAAAAGGCACAUCAAAAUCAGUAUUGGAAAGACAGGCAGUGACACGUGACGCACAGUGGAAUAUCGCCGUUGAUGCGGCAGCCUCGUUGGGCAACAUCCGCUUUGGCGUUCUCUACGGCGAUGAUGUGCCGGAGGAUUGGGCAAAAAAGGGGAUCACGUCGUAUGUUGCGGUCAUUGAGGCGGGGCGACGUUGUAAAGGCAGCGGUCCGGACGGUGAAGUGUUCAUUGUGUACACCGAUGCAUACAGGAGCCCACGGUGCUACGAGGACAGUUCAUGGUUUGCGGAAUCCAGUAGUGAGAAUGUGGGAAACAUCAAGGGAGCGGGUUCAUUCAAGAUCCAUCCGUCAUUUGAGGCCUUCAUCCUGCAUCACGGCUUUCGCGCCGUGGAGGAUAUGACGCCGGGUUUUUUCUCAGUGAUAUCCGGCUUCAAUCACCAUUACUUUGGCCUCAUUGUCACAGAUGGCCCUGUGACGCAGAGCGACACCACCAUGAUGCCCGUCCUGCGUGCCAUUGUGCAGGAGCGAAAUGGGGCUCGCGCCAUGAACACAUCCAUUGCUUCCAUGGAGGGUAAAAAGAAUCACUGCCGCAUUUCAUUGGCACAUGCCGACGGACGUUCACGUGCCGUUUGGCGUACGCGCUACCACAUUGAGUUGGACGAGCUUCCAGCGUUUGUUGUUGUUGACCCGCGACGCGACAAGGUGUAUCGUCUGCGUCGCCACACCCCACACUUCGAGGAUAUCAAGUCUCAGCUGCCGUGGCGCAUGGGCGGCGAGCAGAAGCAGAUGAUCGCCGCCUUUUUGGAUGACGUCGAACACGGGAAGGCGCCAGGGGAAAAAAUGUCAUUGAUUGGUGACGUGGCGGAGUAUCUGCUGCUCCUUCCUGGGAUGGAGUUUGUGUACGAGACACUGGGAUACGAGGAUGCCCUUUUUAUCACCAUGACGUUUGCAUUCGCCUUUUUCAGCUUCUUGCUGUUCCUUGCGCUUGUGGUGGAGCCGAUAAUGGAAAGGUACACGGCCGUUCAUGCAAAGACGGACUAA